UGAGACAGCGGUAAACAUGAGAGCGGAUAUAAUGUCUGUUAAGCGUCUCACGUGUUGUUGAGACGCGUAAACCGUGAGUUUUUCUCCAGACUGUCAGUAACGUUAUAUCAAAACCUUCAGGAGAAGGGCCAGUUCCGUUUCCAACCAUCAUGGCUUUUGUGAGCCUCUUCUCCAGUCCCCCAAGCCCCGUACUUGACAAACACAUGACAGACUGUGAGCUGACAGGGGAAGAAAGGUCGAGUAAACAUGUUCUUGUCUGCAAAUGCUUCACUGUGUGGGUCUAUCGAGUUAAUAUGGAUCUUUUGACAUCUAUUUUGGUUUUCCAAGGAGGAUGGCGAAUUGGAGGACGGAGAAAUAGAUGAUGAAGGCAUAGGCAUAGAAGAAGUGAAGGAAACCAUGGAGGAUUCUGAAAAGGUUGAGAAAGACAAAGAGAAAGGAAAAAAAGACAGAGAAAAAGAUGAAAAGUCACACCGGCAUUCCCGAAAGCGACACAGGAAAAUUAAAGAAAAACGGCGGUCGAAAAGAAAGAGACGAGACCAUCAAAAACAUCACUCGCCAUCAUCCAGCGGCUCCAGCUCGGACAGCUAUGACUCAGAUCACGAGCGACAAGACAGACCUAAAAACAAGAAGAGCAAAGGAACAUACCGUGACCACGAUGGAGAACUGGUGCAGCGGGAAAAUGAACCCACGAAACCACCAAGAUCAAUGCAGCACAAGAACAGCGAUUUAGACAGAUACAGUGACUACAGUGAAGAAAAGUACGACUAUGAUGAAGAGGAUGAUUUCUCUGAGGAGCUGUCUAAAUACAAACAUGCUAAAGAGUCGUCUGGUCAUGGCAAAGGAGGGGCUAAAGACCAGGCCAAGAGACCAAUCAUGAAGGGACAACAACAACAACAGCAGCAGCAGUUUGGUGGGCAGCGAGGUAGAGGUCGUGGUGCCAUCGGCAGGGGACGGGGAAUGCCGAACAAGAAUAAGAAACAGAAGGGCAAGAACUGGGGCCGGGGUCGUGGUCGAGGAGGAGAAGGGGAUUCUAAAGAUCCUGCCAGUUUCCAGAAGAAGCGUCCAAUCAUGAGCCAGGAAUUCAUUAAUCAACAUACGGUUGAACACAAUGGGAGGCACAUUUGUAAAUAUUUCCUUGAGGGUAGAUGCAUCAAAGGGGACCAGUGCAAGUUUGACCAUGAUAAUGUUGUUCCAGAGAAGAAGAAAGAACUGUGCAAGUUUUAUGUGCAGGGAUACUGUACCAAAGGAGAUAUCUGUAUAUACAUGCACAGUGAAUAUCCGUGCAAGUUUUUUCACACCGGAGCAAAGUGUUAUCAGGGAGACAACUGCAAAUUCUCCCAUGAACCUUUAACUGAUGUUACCAAGGGACUUUUGGAUAAGAUCCUAAAUAUAGAGGAGGAAACAGUCAAUGAGGAUGAGCUGGAGUUAGAAGAUCUGAGAAAACAAGGAAUCGCUCCACUACCUAAACCACCUCCAGGAGUUGGAUUGUUACCCACUCCUGGCCCUGGAAGUCCACCGGAUGGAGGCAAGAAGAUCCCCUCUCUUUUUGAGAUUAAAGUUCAGCCUACUGUGGACUUGGCACAGAAGAUUGCUCUAAGGCCCAAUUUCUACAACAGUACAUCUCCUCCCGCUGGACAGUUUCAAGGUGGUCCACAGUUUGGCAGUAGCCCUGAGGAUAUGCAGGCUGGCAAUAUGAUGUCUUCUCCGCCCAAUCCUUCCCAUUCCCCUCAUCCAGGCUCCAUUGGCAGUCCUCCAAUACCAUUUACAGGUCCAGGAAUGCCCCAAAGCCCACCAUGCCCUCCUCCACCCCAAGGCUUUGGCCAGUGCUCUCCGAGGCCACCUCCAGGUCAGCCGCCUGCUUUUCAUGGAAACAUGCUGCACAUGAACCCUCCUCCACUGAAUCAACAAGGGGCUCCCAUGUUUCAACCUGUGCCUGAUAUGCAAAUGAACAUGCCUUUCCAAAACAUGGGCCAGAUGCCCUCGGAGUUCUUCAAGAAUUUGUUUAGCAGCCAGUCUCUGGCCCAAGGGGAUGAGGGACCCAUGCAGGACUCGCAGUCACAUGGUAACGCUGAUUCCAGUGGGAUGCAGGACUUACUUCCGGCUGUACAGAAGGCUUUGCUUUCACAUCUCAACCAGAACAAGCAAGACUCUGACUCUCACAGGGAUGAGGGACACGGGUCUGCACCUUCCGACAGAGAGAAAGAUGAAGCCCCUAAUUGGUACUCCAGUGAUGAGGAAGAGGGCAGUAGUGUAACAGCCAUCCUUAAUACUCUAAAGAAGCAGAAUGACAUGCUGAAAAACCAGCCUAGUGCGGGACCAGCCGACCCCAGACUCCAGAAGGAACGAGUUUUGCCCAACGAUCCUCGAAUAAAACCUGACCCGCGUCAGCAUCCCCCAGAUCCCAGGAAAAACACUGGAGAUGGUGUCGGGGACCCCAGGCUUGCCAGAGACCCGCGCAAGAUGAAACCUUUGAACUCCUCCAAACCCGAGCCUCAUCGCCACCCAAACCCCGCCGUGUCCCACAAACCUCCCGCCGGAGAGGAUGAUGACGAAUGUGAGCGAGAGCUGAGGGAACAAGCAGCAUUGAUCCCGUUGGAUCCCAGCCCUGGAGCCGCGCUGCGAGACCCCCGCUGUCAAAUCAAGCAGUUCAGUCACAUCCGGGUGGAUAUUCUCCUCCAGCGUCCGGCGUUUGCACCAACCGUGGUUUGGGCUCCGGAAGACCUCAUACCUCUGUUAAUUCCCAAACAGGAGCCCUCCAUAAAUCUUCCGCUCCCACCUUUAAUCGCAGAUGCUCAGCUAAACCGUAGUCUUUCCUCGCCACCGGAUCAUCCUCCAUCAGCAACCCCAACACCUCCUGAUCCCCGUCUGGCAGCCGCCCGCUUCAAAGAGGGAGUCGAGCGCCUCGGUAGUCCUCUCGGUAGGUUUUUGGAUACUCGUCACCACCACCCGGACAAGCCUCUGGACCCACGUACUCACAAGACUCUUGAUCCCAGAAUCAUCCGCUCAGGAAGCCUGGACUCCAAGCUGCCUGGUAUAAGGGAGAGUACAUCCUCUGACCCGCGGAUACACCGUGGAUCUUCAAACCAACCGGUUGGCGCUUCCACUAAGCCCGAGUCGGCAAAGUUGCCCCCAUAUGCUCCCCGCCUGGCGUCUUCAGUGGGUGCGGGUCUUGAAAGCCCAACCACGCUGUUAGGUGGGAUAAGUUUAUACGAUCCACGCAAUCACAGCCUACUUUCUCCAAAACGUGAAAGUGAAGAGCACUCUAAAAAAUCAAGUAUCCUAAAGCUUCCAAGCUCUCCACCACAUGCCUCGCCGUCACAGGGAACAGGAGUAGAAAAAGACGAUCCACUUGAUGACUCCGAGAGCAACACUAGUGGCUGUCCAUCAGUUUCUCCCGUGGCUACAGUGAUGCCAGCAUCUCCUUGCUCUCCAGUUUGGGCGGCAGCUCCCGCCGUGCACAACUUGCCAAUCCAGGCACUAGCAGGACUGAUCCGGCCUGCUUACACUGACCCGCGGCAGAACAAACCCAUGGUUCCUUCACAAGAGGAUGAGGAGGACAAAGACAAUAAGAAGAAAGACAGGCCCUUGAGGGAUGUCUUCAAAACCUUUGACCCCACAGCCUCUCCAUUCUGUCAGUAAACACGCCUAUACAGGAUAUAUCUCAUGCAUUUACUGUAUUCUGUACAUCUGCUCUUUAUAUUCACCCUGCAUGUACUGUAUAUAAAGCUUUUCUAUUUAUUUCUAUCUGUUUGUACAUACGUUCUCCGCUGCUGCAUUAUGAUCUAACCAGAUAUAUUUUUAUUUUGGCCUCUCGUGCAUAGAUUCUCAUUGGGAUUUAUUUGCUUAAGAAGCAUUUUAAGUACAUUUAUAUCUGGAGACUUUGGUUAGCAGAGUGAGUAUAUAUAUAAUAUCAGUGAUGCAAUGGUUCUGUUUCUGUCAGCGGUUAAAAGGGAUGUGUGGCUUAAAGUUUUUCGUAUUUUUUAGUACUGUGUAAUUGCAUAAGGCUAUAGAAAAAAUAAAACAUUUUGCUAAAUUUCCACUUUAUUUAUCGCAUAGCUACAUACAAAGUAUAUAUAAACACUGUAAUAUAACAGCACUUCUAUGUCUCAUUCAAGUGUGCGUUUCAUCAAAUCAUUUGUGAUUUUGGUGAUGAAAAGGUUGAAUGAAUGAAAUUCUAUGAAAUUCCAUUUAGAGAGUCUCUGUUGUAAAUGGUUUUCUUUUUAAUGCAAUCUUUUUUAUGGUCAUUGUUUUUUGUGUAGAUAAUUCUAUUUUAUUUGUAUGUGUUUUUCCACUAAAAAUGCUGAACUGUUUUUGUGUUCUUUUACCAGUCUGACUGAAAUGCUAAGGGGAAUUAAAUACAUCAGUCACUUUUUAAUUCGAUGUCUAAAAUUGAAUAAAAAGGAUUAAGUGAUUCAGA